UUCCUGCUACCUUCAGGUUACAGCUGUAUGACUUGUGCUGAGUAUUGUAUUAUCCACAUAGCCUAAUGUCAACUUCGCUUACUUUAAUUUGUAUUAAACACAUUGUACAGAUGCCUUUUCUUUACAGAUGAUUCUGCAGUGAAGUGUAGGACUUUGAUGUCUGCUUGAACAGAUGAAAUUAGUGUAACCUGGAGGCUUCUUUGAUGUUGAUAUUCAUGUCAUAAAAUACAGGGUAAAGUAGGAAGAUCCCCUUUACUAUGAUGCAGGAGUCAAGUUGAGAAUAAACUGCUGCUUCAUCCCUGCUUACUUUCAACAUAUUUUUUUCUGGUUGAUUUUUAAGACUCUUGCAUCUUCUGUGCUGCCAUUGUUAAUACAGCUGGAGAAAAUACUGUGCUUCUGAUAGGGAUUCUCGUAGAUACAUAACGUGCUUGAGAGACCUGCAGAUAGUGUUAUAACGAGACUGCAGAAUGUGCUGUGUACCUCCGUUCCUCCAUUACCUGAGGGAAACACUUCAAAAUAUGGCUGAUAAGAGUAGUGGCCAGUUAUCACCCCUGCUUUUCUGAAAAAGGAAAUAGAAAAGCAAGAGUGUCUCAGUUCUUGUCCUGUCUGUUUCAGCUCAGAGUUCUAGAAAUUAUCUCUGCAACUUCUCUUGUUGGUGUUAAAACUGAAGCAUGGAGCUGUGAGAGACACUUAAGCCAUAAAAAUUAGCAUAUUUUUAGAUACCAUGAUAAACACUAGAGUGCUGACUUUCAGUCUUUUACAGAAUAAACUGGCUACUUGUACUUCUGCACCUCAUCAGGUUUGCAAGAUACUAAUUAUAGGUGACCCACAAGAGAGUAGCCAGUUUAAUUUGGUUCCAGGUUGUUUGUCUUCAUUACCCAACCUGUGUGUGUGGCUCUGUGCAUUUUAUUGUUAAGCAGCAAAUUACAUCCAUACAUGUACACUGAGUUUUAUCACAGAAAACAAUUAAAAAUUUAAGUACUGGAUACUGGAUUGUUUUAAAUGGCUAGAAUUUCAAUUUUUCAAACAUUGCUGUGCAGCAGGGUCAUUGUGCACUACAAUUUCUUGGUCAUAAUUACCUCUCCUGCAAAUCUAGUUCCUGUGAAUUGACAAUUUUCACUUGUGCUGCUUUAAUCACUUGGAUGUUUUCUGCCUUUAAAUGUAUGUUGUCUGUCAUAGAGUGCAUUCUUUUACUUACCUAGUCUGCAUAGUUCAGGUUGUCAUGUAAAAACAGGAUAUUAAUUAAAAGUGAAAUACAUUGCAGGAUUAUGAAAGUAAGCCCUUCAAUGCUUAAGAAAUACCUGUUUAAAGACCUGUGAAAGAUCGUUCUGCAUCCAGUUUCUCUUAUGCCGUAGAAACCUGUCUGCCAUUUUGCAGAUAAAUUAAGCUCUAAUUUCAGUUUCCUAUAUGAUGGAGGUGUUGCUUGUCAUCGGUGAAGAGGUCAUGUUUACUGGAGACAAUAUCCCUGUUCAUCCUCAUGUUUAUAGCAAUGGUCAUAUCUGUUUAUCCAUUCUAACGGAAGACUGGUCUCCAGCCCUCUCAGUGCAAUCUGUUUGUCUUAGCAUUAUUAGCAUGCUUUCCAGCUGCAAAGAAAAGAGGCGACCUCCAGAUAACUCAUUUUAUGUAAGAACAUGUAACAAGAAUCCAAAGAAAACAAAAUGGUGGUAUCAUGCAUUUGUCAUCCUCCACCCAGAGCUGCAGUUGGCUGUAUGUGCUUGUCUUAUCCACUCCGUUGGUGAGGAAAGAGAGAAGAAGGGGAUAGAGAUGGGCCAUUCUUUGUUUCUCUCCUCUUGUUAGCAAUGCUUUCCUUGCUUUCCUUAGGAGAAUUCUGUACAAAUGGUAGUCAUUAGAAGCACAAGUACUUUGGGAAGGGAUAUGUCAGAGAAGGUAAUACUCCAUGCUAGUGUAGUGCAGAACAGUUGAUUCCAUCACUGCGAGCAGGUGAAGGUUCCACUGUAAGACAUCCUCUGUUUUUCAUGGCCUCUUCACUCCAGCAUAGGUUCUGUCCCUGAUGUGAAAACUAGAGCAAGUAUUUUGAGCAGUGAGAGUUCAUAACUGGAGAGGCAAAUUCCAAAGUCUUCACCCUUAAAAUUCUUAAGAUUCUUAAAGGCCCAUGGAUGGCCUAACAAGAAAAACUUGAUAGUUUCAUAAUACGUGCUGAGACCCAUGGAUUUUGACAUACAGUAAUGUAACAGAAUGAAACUUUGUUUCUCAUAAUACAGUAAUUGUAACCCCAAAACAAGGUGGUUUCAGGUACAUUAAGAGAAUUGCUGUAUGCCAUGAGAUUAAGGUAUAUCUAAGGAACUUGGGACCAUCAUGUCGUUGUUUUUAAAGUUAACUCCAAGAAUAAUAAUCAUAUUGCACACAAGGAUAGAUUUUUCAUCCUCACCAGAUUAUUCAGCAGUCACUUUCUUUUCUCUCUCUGUUUUCAUGCUCUUAUAAUGUGUUUGGUGCUUCUCCAUUUCUAGUUUUUGUUUCUCUUGAGUGGCAGUUUUGGGAGAGUUUUUGUUAACUUGCUAUUUUCACUUGCUAAUUAUUUUUAAAGAGAAACAGGUAACGUUCCAUUUAUUGGCUUUAUCUUGUGAUUAAAAUGUUCUGUUUGCUUUUAAUUUGUACCAGUCUCAUUUUGGUUUAGAAUAGAAAUCUGUAAAAGCAGAACAGUCUGCAGAUAUUACUUUUGUUUCUGAGUAAUGAUAUUUGAUUUGUGUUAAACAAGGAAAACAAACUUAAUAUGAGAAGAAAUCUGAGUUACUGAUUCUGAAAGUUGCUGUAUUAUUAUGGCUCAAAACCACAGCUUACAGUUCAUUGAAUGGGUAUUUUAGUUACUAUGAAGUAACUAUGCAGUGUUUUUUUUCUGGAAGUCAGAAAAUGUUACCCCUCCUCAAAUUCAGAGCAACCUAAAAACCAAACUGAGCAAGAGAAGGAAAGUCAGUUCAUUUAAAUAGCUCAUACUGUCUUGAUUAAAAAUUCAUUGAGCUCCCCACCACCUUGAAUUCUUACAUGAAAAAUAAAAUAUUCCUGAUGUCCACAAGAGAAAAAUUUCAUAAAUGAUUAGAGUGUUUUCUCUUCCAUUUUGGUGUUUGUCAUUUGCUUCUUUUCUCAUUUAAUUUUGUUUCUCCUAUGUGGACAUAGAACAAGACUGCCAGUGCGUGAUCCUUGAAUUGUUAGUGUUUUCUAAACAGGUUUAAAGAAAUGGUAUGUAAUAGUAAAAUGGGAAGUGUGAAAAGAGGAUUCUGUUACGUUUAUUUUCUGCUCAUGCUGAACUGUCAUAUAUCUAAUCUUGUGGUUGAUCCACGUUUGGCUGGGUAAGUGAGGGAAGAAAAAACAAUCCCACCCAGGAAAGAAAACCAGCUGUCCAAGGUUACCUGUUGUGAGAAAUUAAAUGCCAGUGCUAAUACAACAACCUGCGGAGGGAGAUACAGAGUGGUUCUGCCACUUCUGCUGUCUGCUGCCCGUUUGACUGGUUUAGCUUUAAUGUGACAUAGGAGCUCUGUGUUUUGAAGAGUUAAGAAGAAGUCUGUCAUAGGUAUUAAUACAUGCAUUUGAAGGAAUUUUUUUUUUCCAGUAUGUGCCUGGAAUUUAUUUACCUGGGAGCAAAAUAAUCCCUGGUUGGGAGCUGAUGUAAAGAAAACCCAGAUGAGCACAGAGUGAUAAAGUGGCACUUAGAGACAUAUUCUGACAUGUAAAUAUGUGUCUGCAUUCAUCUUAAUACAGAGUUUUUAAUCUGUCAUAUCAUCCCUCUGCCCCCACCCAACACAGCAUCUUAUUCCUCAAGCAGAGUUAUGGAGCUUUGUUUGCUACAAAAUAAUGUUCUCACAAGCCCUGUUUUGAAGCUCCCGAUCUUUGAUAACUGAAAAUAUUUCUAGAUUGUCUACCCUACCCAAUGUCUGUUCCAACUGUACGUUGACUUUCUUGCUGAAUUUCCAUCUGAGAGUUGCUCAUGCUGUCUUAAAGACAGAGGAGGAUCUUCCAGAUACGGUUUACUUGGGCAUCCAGGCUGAAAUCUGUUUCAUUAAGCUAUUGAGUUCCUUUGUUGUUCUCAGGAGGUAGAUUUUUUUUUUUUUUUUGUGGGGGGAGGGUGGGGUGUGGAGGAAGGGAAAGGCAAUGGUGUUUGUUUUCAACCAGCACUUCCUUGCUGCUUUUGGGUUUUGAGGUUGGUUUGGUUUUGUUUUUUUCUUAAGUAGAAAGUGUUUUCUCUGAUAUUUGGUCUAAAAUUUUAGUGUACCAUUUAAAUGUCCCUUCUCUCUCUCUCUUUUGCAUCCUUGUCCAUCUUUUUUUACAUAUGUGGUAGCCUACUGAAAAAGAGUUUUUUUUACCAGUAAUAGCUUUGAUAUAAUAUUUUCCCAUGAGAAUUGUAGAAUGUUUAUGAGGCUACAUUUUUAAGGUGUGGGAUGUUACAAGUAAGUCCUUUAAAAAUGAGCAGACAGUAACCUUGCUUUCUGUUAACAACUCAAUAUUUACUGCUAGCAGGUGCAAAUAUACUGCAGGUUGAUGUGUGAAGGAGAAUGUUUAAAAGGGAGAGCAUUAGUAUGGAGCGUAAUGCAGAAAA